AUGAGCGUGCUUGGUGAGCCUCCUCCCGGUAUCGACCUCACGGAAAACCGCAAUCGUGAAUUCAAUGCCUCCGCGGCAACAGUAUAUGGCCUUGCUGUCAUUGCCGUUGCUCUCCGUUUCUAUACAAGAACCAAGAUACAGAACUUCGCAAUUAAAAUCGAUGAUUGGCUAAUAUUACUUUCCCUCUUUUCGGUAACAUGCAGUUUCGUCCUUGCAAUAAUAGGGGGUAAUUAUGGCCUUGGGAGGCAUGUCUGGGUUAUACCUCUGUCUGACGUGAUGAUUUUAAUAAAGAUCCAUUAUAUAUACAUGUUCCUGUAUAUCCUCAACGUCCCACUCAUCAAAUUCUCAAUCCUGUUAUUUUAUCGACGUAUCUUUGGGAUGAAUUGGACGAUGUGGGUCUGCUUUUUCCUUUCUGGCGGCUAUUACAUCGCAUGCACCGUCACUCUCCUCGUUUCUUGCCAGCCUAUAUCCUAUUACUGGACCCAGGUCGAGGACGCGAAGUCUGGACGUUGCCUCUUCCAUCCACACGUCUUUUACCUCGGAAAUGCAGCAGCAAAUGUCGCUACGGACGUAUUGAUUCUUCUUGUUCCCAUACCGCUGAUCUGGAGGCUUCAGAUGCCCAGAACGAAAAAGAUCCUAGUAUCCAGUUUGUUCUUGUUAGGCACCUUUGUCUGCGUCGUAAGUAUUGUUAGGAUAAAAUUUAUGGGCGACCUCGCGAGAGCAAAGGACGUUACAUUCAUUCUCGUCAAUAUUUUCCUCUGGUCCUUCGUCGAGCCAUGCCUUGGCAUUGUCUGCGCCUGCCUACCAACCCUACGCCCUCUUCUCCAGCGGGUGAGCCGUUCUGUAUUUGGGACGGAAUUUGGGAAAAGCAGCAGUACUGGCCCAGGCAUUACACCUGCGUUGGUGCGAACACAACAAAGUACUACGGUGGACGGGACCAAGAAGAGCGGGUUUAAACGAAUUAAAGGAAAUACAGUGGAUGAGACGACAUCUGGAAACGGUCGAAUGCGCUUGCGACCGGCGGAUGACGAGACUAUGCUAACGACAGUCUCUGCGCAGUUCGAGAUGGAUGAUUUUAGAAGAAAUGGGACCAGUGACAUUGACUCGGAAAGUCAGACCCAAACCACACCUCCAAUGGGUAUCAGGGUGAAAACGGAUUUCGGCUGGCAGGAGCAUGUGCAGUAG